ACUUUGGAUUGUCUAUUGGCAGAGGAAGAGGAAGAAGAGAAUGAGGCACUGAAGCUGCUAUGUAGAAUCUUUUUAUUUUUCUUCAACAACUGAGAGGCUCACGCUGAGAACUCAAUGCCCUGUAAGGGCAAAAUCUGUGGAAGAAGGACCUGUACUAAACAAUUGAGGUGCCUAGCUCUUCAACCUGCUUUUAGAACAUGAGUGCUACCAAUGCACAAUGGAUGUCUGAGCUGCCUCCCAAACUCUGGGACAUCCCUCUUCACCAUCUUUCCAUUCCAGGGAGCCAUGAUACAAUGACCUACUGCCUGAAUAAGAAAUCUCCAAUCUCACAAAAUCAAUCAAAGCUCCUGCAGGUGUUAAAUAAGGUGAUUCCUUGCAUCACUCGUCCAGUGGUAUUAAAGUGGUCGACAACACAGGCACUGAAUAUAAAUGAGCAGCUGGAUGCUGGAAUCCGGUAUUUUGAUCUGAGGAUUGCUCACAUGAUCGAUGGCUCUGAGAAGAAUUUGCACUUUGUACACCUUAUAUAUACAACAGCCUUAGUGGAGGAUACCCUAACAGACAUUUCAGAGUGGUUACAGAAUCACCCUAAGGAGGUGGUGAUAUUAGCCUGCAGGAAUUUCGAAGGAAUGACCAAUGAACUUCAUCAGUAUCUUGUCACCUGUAUAAAAAACAUUUUUGGAAAAACAUUGUGUCCCAGAGGUGAAUUGUUGACACUGAAGCAACUGUGGAGACAUGGUUACAGGGUUAUUGUCUCAUAUGAAGAUGAGUUUACUGUGCAUAGGCACAAGGAGCUAUGGCCUGGAAUUCCAUAUUGGUGGGGAAAUAAGGUGAAAACAGAUGAUCUGAUCUGUUAUUUGGAAUCAAUGAAAGAAUCUGGACGCCCAGAUGAAUUAUUUGUUGCAGGGAUUAACCUUACUGAAAACUUUCAAUAUGUUCUGGCCCAUCCAUCUGCAUCACUGAAGAAGAUGACUUUACCUAACCUCCCAUACCUGAAUGCAUGGGUUCGGAAACAGUGUCCCGGUCCAGGGACAAAGUGUACCAAUAUCAUUGCUGGAGACUUCAUAGGAUCUGACAGUUUUGUCAGUGAUGUCAUUGCUCUUAAUCAAAAACUUCUUAUAGAUUGACUAUGUUCCUUUUUUUUUUUUUUUUUGAGGUGAGGUAUUCAGGUUGCCUCUUUGUUGCCUGAUUUUUAAUCAUUCUAGGUAUUUUUUGAGGCUUCUGAUUGGACAACAGAACGGAAAGGGAAUUGAGUAGAAGCAAGCAGUAGUGGCCUUAGAACAGAAAUCCUGGGAAUUCUACCAAUCGGUGUCUUCCGAGCUUUUAUCCUGGCUUUGCCUCUUAGACAAGCCAUUGUUCUUUACGUUUCCCAAGUGAUUAAAUCCCCAAGGAUUUAAUUUUACUUAAGGACAUGAUUUCAUUAGUGUGGGUACUCCCUCCACUUAUGCAGAUUGCAACUCCUCUAUACCUUAGUAGAUAGUUUAAUGAAUUGCAGUGGCUAACAAAAAAUUCAUCUUCUAAUGGUCUACCUUCUGGUCAUGCCUCUCCAAAUUCAGACCACUGUUAGGCUUAUACUUAAAAGCCCUUCAAGCUGCCAGAGCUUGCCUUCAAGAAGUUGAGGUCACUUACAUUCUACAAUGAGGCAUCCAAAUAGGACCCUAGUGGAAGAUAUGAUUACAUAAUAUACACUAAUAAUUAUGGGAAAUUUGUAAGAGGGUGAACCAUCUGGAGCUCUUAAGAAAAGGUCAGCAUGAAGUUAAAUUCUCUGUUCAGUCAAGAUAAAUACUGCAGAUUCCUUAGGGUAAAAGAAACUCACCAUUGUAUACUUCAGUUCUUUAAAAGACCACUAGAAUAGCAUUUUGACAACUGCAAAAGAUAAGCCCACAGGUCCAACUGAAUGUGAAAAGCUUUUUAUAUUCCUGUUGGACAAGUCCAAUUGUCUCAGAUUUCUCUCAGAAUUUUAUACUCAUAGCUUAUUUUUUUAGCUUCAUUAGAAAUGCCUGUGGACUUUCCUCUUCCCUGGCCCUUGAGGCUUUCCACUGGCUUAACUGAUUUGCUUCAGUGCUUCCAGUUGUAAAAUGGAAUAAAUUUCUUGUGAUGUUUGAGAACAGUUUAUUACUCAGAUUAAAGAUGUUAAUAUAUUCAUUAUUAUUCCCAGAAAUUUUAUUAUAUUGUAUAAGUAAUAAUAGAAACAUAUCCCCAUUACAUUUUACCAGAGGGUCAUUAGGCUCUGGCAUAUCCAUCUGGAUCACUGAUGAAAAGGACCAACCUUCCAUAUAUGAAUGCAUGGAAGUAGUGAUCAUUAUUUCUUUAAUGAACUUUCUUCUUUCUCAAAUCCCAUGCCAUUUUGUUUAUCAAAGUUUUCCUCCUGACAAUUUCCCGUUUUGUCCCCACCUGGACUCUAUUUACCAUUCUCAUGCAGCCUAAUCAAAAUGUUGCUUCAGAUAAUCUUGCUUUCCAUGAAUUCCUAAGCAAUCCUACAGAACCCCUUUGCUGUUCACUUAGCAUUCUAAAACUUCUUGUCCUCAAACUUGAACUCUGUGUUCCCUAUCUAAAGUUGAAAUUUUGCUCUUAUAAUUAUUUUGGUUGUUUUUCAAGGUGGUUUUUUUUUUUUAAAUUCCUUGCUUUUAUCUUGCAAGCAAUGUCUUUGUCACGUACUCAUUCCCUGUAUUCACAUACCUAUGUGUCCAAGUUUCAAAAAUGAAAAGGCUACAUUACCUCAUUUUAUUUCUGUAGCUUUAAGAUGCUGUGACUUUAGGGUUUUUGGCAAUAGAAUAAAUACAAGUUGUAUUUAUUA